UGCUUUGUGGAGCUGCCGCCACACGGUCUUGGUUACCAUAGCAACAGGGAGGCUCCCAUUUUCUUUUUUCAAAAAAAAGGGAACGCUCGUCCGCUCUUAACUAUGGUCGUCCCACGCUGUUACCAAGAUAUAUCUUUGAGACAAACGAGAAACCAAAUGGAUUCUGCAAUACAAAAAAAGACUGUUGACAAAGGAGUAACAUUUCUAUUGCAUACCUCUUAUGUUGAGAAGGUGAGCUUUGGCCGUGAACCCGCCGCCUUAGUAUGCAAAAAUUGCGGGCAAUUCAUCGUCACAGAAAUUUCACGACACAAUGGUGUUUGUUCGUUUUUUACAGUCCUUGUUACACUCUUCCUUUGUACGCCUUGCGCUUGGCUUCCGCUGAUAGUACCUACAUGCAAAGAUACACUUCAUACCUGUCCAAACUGUGGUGCAAUAAUUGGAAUCCAUAGAUACUUCAAAUGAAACUUGGAGAUCGGCAACAAAAGCCGAUUCACAUUUCCAACCUUUCUCUAAAAGUGCUGCUAUGUGUGACAACAACUAUGCAUACGUCAAUUUGCCUUUGAGCAGUGUUUACUCGAAGUUUUCCUGUACGUCAUUGUAUAUUUGUAUUUUAUUUACCCUUUUACGCUUAUGAACACGUCCUGCACUUUACGAUGGAAUAUUUUGGUAUAUCGAAACACUUAUUCAAAUGCAAAACAAAGUAUGACUUGUACAAACAGUAGAAAUGUUUUCGGAAACGUUAGUUUAUAUUUUAUGACUGUGUGUCUGUUAUGAAUCAGAAUAUUUUAUGUGUUGUUUAUUUAUGAUAUUUACAACUUUAAACUUUUUCUCUAUGAAAAUUCAUAUUCUAUUUCAGUAUUGCAUUAAUAUC